AUGUUCGCAUUGUGGCUGAUUUUCGCCUGCUGCUGCUGCUGCUGGCCAGCGGAGAGUGUCUCGAUUGGAAUCGUUAAAUCUAUAGCCGAACAGCAGAGCGAUGGGUCCUACUUCUUUGCCUACGAGGCGGCCAACGGCAACUACCGGGAGGAGGUGGGCAUCGUCAGGGAGGAUGAUCUGGAGGUCUCUGGUGUGUAUCGUUACCUCGACGACAGCGGCCAGAAAGUGGAGGUCAGCUAUAUGGCCGACAAGAACGGCUUUGUGCCGCGUGGCUUCCAUAUAGAAGCUCGAAAAACGAAGAGAGAAGCUACAUAUAAAUAAACCUUUAUAGAGCCAUGUGUUGGAGCAUAACCAUUAGCUGUGACGGGGCACACAUUCCUCGAAAUGCUAGCCACACAAUUACAGAAGCAGCACAAGAUCGACAAGGAGUGCCUGUCAUCCAUUCGGGUCCGCUCCAGCAGCUGUGGAGCUGGAAAUGUUGCCCAUCGAGAUCGAGGGGAUAUUUAAUUUGCACAGCGCCGAUCGGGAGAUUUUCGAAAUUAGUUAAGCUGUCAGAUUUAUAAAUUGUGGCAAUUGCCGGGGCCAGCAGCAGAGUCUCCCACUGCAGGCCAUGGUUGCCCUUUCGUCGAACCAAAUGUCGGUGUCGUCGUUGGGCAAAUGAAUCUGUAUUUAUCACCCUAUCAAAUUAAUGACGAAACCAACACGAUCGUUUAUAAUGGGCCCCGGAACUCCUGAUGAUUCUACAAUUUUCUGCUUAUUGAAUUAAUAGCGCAAUGCAAAUGGAAGUGCUUUAUGCGCCGCAUCAAAAUUCUAAUUCAAAUCAUUUGUUAGCUGGAAGAUGAUCGUCGCA